AUGCCACCAAAGCAUCACAAGUCUUUAGAGUCUCCCGGAGUUUGGGAUUAUGGACAUACUGACAUGUUUGUAACCACCAACUGCGUUGAUUUUACCGACAAAACUCAAGAGAUACGACGAAAUAAAGAAAAAAACGUUCAGGUUCGUGAUCGCAGAUGGUUUUUAAAGGUUGAAAAUAUACACCAGCUUCAAAAUCGUAAACUCAAACUGGAUCAAACAUCUGAUAGAAAAAAACCUCAAAUUGAAAGCACUAUGAUGACAUCAACUUAUGCGGGUGAUUUUCAGCCUCCAGAAUUAGAUGAUUACACUUUUCAUCAUCCUGGUAAAUCAGCCCAUAUUGACACAUUGGCCCAACCAUCAUCCACUGGAUUUCAGUAUUCAAGUGAAAUGCAUACCGCUUAUGUCAAUACUCCUCGCACAAGCACCAAACGCCAAUUCAAUAUUCUUAUCCUACCAAGUGAACAGUGUAAGCUUGGCGGGAUUCAGACAUUUAUGGACGCGCCAAACAAGGUUCGCACCGUGAGUGAGCAGCGAGUCCUUGAUCAGGAUCUGUUGAGAAAAAAACAAUUUUGA